AUGUCUUUUAACCUAUUUUCAGCGAUAGGAAAUAAAAUCAUUCAUCACUUUCUAAAUUUCCGUAUUAUUCGACCGGCAUAUUCAUCAUCAACGAAUAAUCAUACGUUUGAAUCAGAGCAAGACGGUUAUAUUAAUCAUUCGCAACAAACACAAAUGAAUUCCAGUAAUAGUCGUACCGUUCCGGUGCAAUUAAUUAGGAAGACAUCGGUUGAUGAUUUUAAUGAACGAAUGAUUGGAAUGUUGGAUCAAGUGGAAAAACGAGUCGAACAACUUAGAGAAUCAGCUGGACAAUUGGAACAAGAAAAAGAAUUAUUAAUUAAUAUGCUUGGAAAUGUGAAUUUAGAUUCUGAAUUACUACGUUUAGGACAAGGUGAUCGAGAUGAUAUUAGUGCAACAGCUAGUCGCUUGAUAAAUCGUUGCAAAGCUGUUGAAGUGGUCGUAAAUACGCCACGUAAUGCGGAACAGACGCAAGCAUUAAAUAAUGUCAACAAUUUGAUUGAAGCAGCGAUGAAUAAAAUGAAAGAAGAUUUAAAUAAUGCAAAAGAGGCAAUGAAACGUUUUCUCAAUGCUUGCUUACCGGAUCUACCUGACGGACCAAUUGAUCAACGAUUUCAGGCUCAGGUCAUCGAGUGUACAGCAGAUGACCAGAAGAAAAUUCGUCAUCGUUUAGGUAUUUUAAUCAAUCAGAUCGAACGAGCUCAACGUUAUUCUGUUCCCGAUUUUUGA